CACCCAAAGGUUCUCGGGAAAAUUGGUUUUUUUACCCAACAGAAAUUUUUUUAUGCGACUGUCAGCUAGGACGCAAGGGAAACGCCGAAGACAGAAUUAUGUCCCCAACAAAUUUAAGUAGCGGUGGAAGUCACACGAAAUCAUUUCAUGAACUGCUAUGCUCUCCCUCUUUGGUUGGUGGGCUUCAACAACAACUAUCAAUUUGCUUCGUAGCGGUUGACAUUCUCCUCUCCAUUACAGCAUUUUUUGGAAAUUCUCUCAUCCUUGUUUCCCUUUGCAAAGAAUCUUCCCUACAUCCGCCGUCCAAACUCCUGUAUCGUUGUUUGGCAACCACUGAUCUGUUGGUUGGUGUUAUUACCCAGCCUCACAUGGCUCUACAUUGGAUGCCCGCGUCUCAAGAACACUGGAGCCUUUGUCGAUACGCAAGGGACGCAGUCGACAUUACAGGCUAUGUAUUUAUUUUAGUGUCUUUGAUGACGAUGACAGCCAUAAGCGUGGACAGACUUCUCGCCCUGUUGUUGGGACUGAGAUACAAACAAAUUGUAACUUUGAAGCGCAUGUAUAUUAUUGUAACUACCUUUUGGGUUUUUAACCUUGUGGCCUCUUUAAGUAGAUUUUUUGAUCACCGUGUAACCUAUUUGUACAGCAGCCUAGUUAUAUCAUUUUGCCUGGUAAUAUCACUCGCAUCGUACACAAAGAUUUUUUGCACUCUCAGAUAUCAUCAAGCACAAGUUCAGGCAGAAGAUCCCGUUCAACAACAGCCGAGCCAACUAGAUGUACUGAACAUAGCUCAAUACAGAAAAGCAGUGUAUAGUGUACUGUGGGUGCAGUUAGCAUUAGUUGUUUGUUUUGCACCAUUCUUUAUCGUGGUUACCGCGAUUGCACAUAGUAACAAAACACAUUCAUCACACUUGGUCAUCCUAUGGGGAAUAACCGAUGUCUUGGUUUACUUUAACUCGACGUUAAACCUGUUUCUUUACUGCUGGAGGAUAAGUGAAGUAAGACAAGCAAUGAAGCAGACAAUCAGACAAGCACUUUGCUGUCCAUGGAGUCAGACCAUCUCGAGUUUUACCCGAUCGUACUG